AUGCGCGCCAGCACCCUCCUCGCCCUCGCCGCCCCGGGCCUCACCCUCGCCCUCGCCCUCGCCGAAAGCAGCGACGAGUGCCUCCUCAACCUCGGGGCCUGGUUCGCCGGGAAGGGCGUCACGGACCAGCCCGGCCUCGACGCCUUCGGCGGCGUCUGCAAGGGCACCCGCGUCAUCAAGGGCAAGUUCCAGCCCUUCGCGGCCCGCGACGAGUGGCUCCUCUACAGCUGCUGCCGGACCAGCGACGGCAGGUUCCCGUACGCAAGGUACAUCGCGCUGCAGAACUGCAUCGCCUUCAACGAUGCCGGAGGGGGCACCUUUACCUGGCAAAAGACCAUGAGCUUCCGACUCGCCGAGUCCUGCCCGGACUGCAAAGUCGUCGACGGGUCCCUGGCCGGCGCGCCCGGGGCCCACCUCCGCUGCACCUGCGCGGCGCCGAACCAGGCGCCCAAGACGUACGAGCUGUCCCUCGACGCGGACCGGUGGGCCGAGGGCGACGUCCGCGGCGAGAAGAUGAGCCGGUACCCGUGCGGGCUGAGCAACGGCAUGAUGGACUGCGGCUGGUCGCGGUGCGUGCGCAAGUCGUACGAGCACGCCUUCCCGCCGGGCCACUGGUACGGCCCGGGGUCUCCGGACGCGAACGACCCGAGGUAG